CAUUUCUCUUUUCAACCCAUUUUCCUUUCAUUAAAAAGUUUCUUUUUUUUUAUUACUUUUUUUUGUCAUUUUUCUCUCUCUCUUUCUUCUUCUUCUCCAAUUCCUUUGUUUCCGGUGCUUCUAACUCUCAACAACACCCACUCACCCACCCAGAUAAACAUUUGUUUCAACUUUCAAGCCUCUAGAAUUGAGGCAAAUAGGCAGAUAAGAAGAAUAUACUAGUGUUUGGAAAGGUUGUAAGGUGGAUGCGUCGAUAAAUGGAAGUUUGGAUCUGUUGUUGGUGGCAAGAUCUGAUUUUCACUUUCAUCACCUUUUAACUAGCCUAUGCUUUGGAUAAUUGAAUUUGCUUCCUCCUUUAGUUUUAUCUUAGACAUGGAAUAUCUUUACAUUCUCGGAUCAUUUUCAAUCAGAAAACUAAGUUAGGAAUCAAUGAAAAUAUGAGUAACUAUUUAACAUCAGAAUGGUGGGAGUGUAGUUUUUUGUAUUACCUAGACAAGGAUUUUGAUGGAGGAGAUGUCAGUUGCAGUGCCAUUAAUAGCAGGUAAUUCAGUGUGUGAUAAUCAAACCAUAGCUACUCACAUGGAUGUUUCGGCAAUUAAGAUGAUGGCCAAUGCAGAGCUGAUAUCAAAUGCUAUAACUACGAUAUCCGCUGAUACUACUUUUAUUAGUUCUGGUGAGGAUCAUAUUGGUGACAAUCUGGACGAUGUGGUUGGUGUUUCAGCAGUCCCACCGCCUUUGCAUGGGAGAGAAGGGGAAAUUCUUUUGUUGAAUAUGAUAUCUCAAAGUAGCGAUGAACUUUUAGUCCCAGAAGUUGACGAGGAUGAUUCAUUAUCAUUGGAAGGGGAUCCAAUUAUUUAUAGCACUCUAUCAGUAACUAGCGAGAAUGGUAGUGUUUGUGGAGAUGAAUUCUUCAGCGCUGAAGAUAAUUCGUAUUUUAGGGCAAGGAGUUCGAUGGACAUAGAUAAGAACAUAUCCUCUGUCGAAAUUGUUGCUAGGGCUGCUGUUAUCGACGAGUCAAAUGUGGAGACAGAUAUUAUGAGUGAACCUCUUGCUGUAGCAUUGAGCAUUGGAGACGAAACAGGAGUUAGAUCAGUACCGUUGCCUACUACAGUUGCUCUUCAUCAACUGCCUCUUAAAAAAGGGGUGAGUGGAACAGUUGGUCGGAGUGUUUUUGAAUUGGAUUGUACCCCACUUUGGGGGUUUACAUCUUUAUGUGGAAAGAGACCUGAGAUGGAAGAUGCUGUUGCGAUUGCACCUCGGAUGUUGAAAAUUCCUAUUCAAAUGCUAAAUGGUAACAGCAAAUAUGAUGGAAUGAACAAGGAUGGAAUGAACAAGGAUUUUAGUCAGCAGACAAUUCAUUUCUUUGGAGUCUAUGAUGGCCAUGGUGGCUCUCAGGUUGCAAAUUAUUGUCGAGAUCGUAUGCAUUUGGCCUUAAUUGAGGAGAUAGAAUUGUUCAAGGAAGGUCUAAUAAUUGGAGGUACCAAGGAUGAUUGUCAAGAUUUAUGGAAAAAAGCUUUCACUAAUUGUUUUUCAAAAGUUGACGAUGAAGUUGGGGGAAAAGUUAACGGUGAUCCUGUUGCACCAGAAACUGUUGGUUCCACUGCCGUUGUAGCUAUUGUUUGUUCAUCCCAUAUCAUUGUUUCAAAUUGUGGUGAUUCGAGAGCGGUUCUAUGUCGUGGAAAAGAACCGAUGCCUUUAUCUGUGGAUCAUAAACCAAAUCGAGAUGAUGAAUAUGCAAGAAUCGAGGCAGCUGGUGGCAAGGUGAUACAAUGGAAUGGUCAUCGUGUAUUUGGGGUUCUUGCAAUGUCAAGGUCUAUUGGUGAUAGAUAUUUGAAGCCAUCAAUUAUUCCCGAACCAGAAGUUACAUUCAUCCCUCGUGCAAAAGAUGAUGAAUGUCUCAUUUUGGCUAGUGAUGGCUUGUGGGAUGUCAUGACAAAUGAAGAGGCAUGCGACUUAGCUCGUAGGCGCAUACUUCUUUGGCACAAGAAAAAUGGCUCAAAGCUGUCCUUAGUAAGGGGAGAGGGAAUCGAUCUUGCCGCACAGGCAGCUGCAGAGUACCUAUCAAACCGUGCUUUGCAGAAAGGAAGCAAAGAUAACAUCACUGUCGUCGUAGUAGAUUUGAAAGCUCAGCGAAAAUUUAAGACUAAAACAUGAUUGUUUAAUGAAUUGGGUGUUUGAAUAUAUAAAAGCUGAACUCAAUCGAAUAUAGUUUGGCUCAGUAAUUUUUCAUCUGGGCACAUGGAUCGAGCACCCUGCACUAAAUGACAAAUUCCCCUUUCAUUAGAACUCUCGAUUGAUGAAGAGUUUCAUUGUACACUGCUGCAUUGGGGUUAUGUUAGUAAGUCUUUGCUGCUUAUUGUAGAUAUAGGAUUAUGUGCCUUUUACAUGUGUCGGCGACUCAUAGUCAGCAUAUUGUAUUUGUUUUUAUGCCUCCUAGAGAACAAAGACUCUGCGAGGUAUUUACUUCUUACAGUUUUCGUCUAUGCUGUUUAUAAAAAGGUGGUAGCAAUUUGGCAUUGGAGUUUUCAAAUGUGUUUUUCAGUCAUAAUCUUGUUAUGCCACACAUUUUUAAAGUAAACUCGUAUCAUUGUGUUUUUUUGGA